AUGAAAAUAUUGCUGGCUGCACAAGCAGAAUGCUGGGUGCACAAUGCAAUCAGCUCAAAAUGCAAGCGUGAAGCGUUGAAGCGAACUCACUUCUCUCUUGUUCGCCACGCACUCUUGUCUCUGCAAGUUGUCUGGGUUGCUCGUAGACCACCAGGAUAUGCAUUUAUUGAGUUUGAUGAUCGGAGGGAUGCACUUGAUGCAAUUCAGGCCUUGGAUGGAAAAAAUGGUUGGCGUGUAGAGCUUUCUCAUAAUUCCAAGGGUGGUGGCCGAGGAGGGCGUGGGCGUGGAGGUGAAGACACAAAAUGCUAUGAAUGUGGUGAACCUGGACACUUUGCUCGGGAGUGUCGAUUGCGCAUUGGAUCACGUGGCCUUGGAAGUGGAAGGAGGCGAAGUCCAAGUCCUUAUCGGCGUCGUAGAAGUCCAAGUUAUGGGUAUGAUCGCAGGAGUUACAGCCCUCGUGGGAGAAGAUCUCCAAGACGACGUAGCAUAUCGCUUCCCCGGGGUCGCAGCUAUAGCAGGUCCCCUCCAUAUCGUCCUUCUCGCCAUGAUUCACCUUAUGCCAAUGUAAUGUGAACGGAGCACGGGCUGAUUGCUGAACAAUUAUUAGGAAGUUCUCUCUGCUAUAAGUGUAGUUCCUCUGGGAUUGGUUGAGCAUACCACAGACAUGUUAGUUCUGUUGAUGUCAUGACAAUGGGUAUUGUUAAGAACUUGGCUUUUGACAAAACUACAUAGUGUUGUAGCUGCCAAAAGGGUGCGUUGGACACUGUUUUGUGUCAGCUGUGUCUUCAGCUUACUGAAACCUGAAGGUUGCUUCAGUCUUCCCUUCUUUAUGUAGCAAGUUAUGUUAAUUGUUUGUUCUUAGUCAUACUAUUUCUAAUCCACUAGGGUAAUUUUGAUAUAUUUGCAUUAAAGGUGCCUAAAAUGUUCAUGUUUCUUUGUUUUGAGGUGUGAUUAUCGGCCAAAACAGCAUCGUUUCACCACUUACUACAUCUUGUCUGCUUCUCUGCUUCAUGCCCCCACAAUCGUCUCAUCUUGUUGCUUCUGCAUAUAAGUUGACUAAAGGUUCGAUGUCAACAAGUUGGUUGCAUAUGACCUUUUUGCUUACUGUUCAGGAAAGAAUGCUACAUAUGCAUCCUACUUAUGAUUUGGAGGAGUCUAAAGGUGGAUGGAUAAAUGUAGUCAUUGGCUUGCUGCAUCUUUGUGAAAUUAAGUUAAAUUGGGGUUCCUUUAGCGAGUAACUGCGUGUAGUGUCUGCUUCACACCAUUCUAUAUAGUUAUAUUGAUGGUUGCUGCUUCUAAUUGUCUGCAUUUGAUUAAAAUGCUACUUGUUUCAUCCGUGGUCUCUGGUAUAUGCUUGCCGUUUGGGAGCAAUGGUCAUCAUCUUGGUUGUGUAGGACACUGUAUUGUGUAUCCUCCUUCGGCAAAAUCACCUGUUGAUCUAUGAUCUCUGAGGACUGGGACUAGAAAGAGUGAUUCCAUUUAACCAAUUGAGUACUCGCCAAAUGUUUUUCAUUCUCCACUUGCUGCUCUUUGGUCUGUGUCCACAGUUUCCUCAUGUGGCUGAUUAACUUUUGCAUGCUUCUGUAUGGAAUUGUGUGUCAUCUUCAGCUACUGGAAUCCGUGUCACUUUGUCUCCAAUCUGAAGUUUUGUUUUGCUAAAUAUCGUCCGCUCCUAAUCAAGUGUAUUAACUCUGGUUGAUUGGCAGCAUUGGUUGCAUUAGAUAUUUGAAUUUGAGGAAUUCAUUGCUUCUUGCCCUUGUUUUAGAAUGUGAGUUAAGUGUUGCCACUGGCAUUUAGCUCCACUAAGAUUAGUUGAUUUUGAUCUGGUUAAUUAUGUUUUAAGAAUUAAGUACUGUUUUUUUUUGUGCAAAAGAAGUAUUGACUUGGGAUUGACUAAAUGAGAAAACUAAAAUGUGGAAAUGAUUUUUGUUUUUUCUAUA